GACAGAUUGGACGAAGCGAUGUUUAUAAAAUUUGAAAUCAAACAAAGGCCAAUUAGUUAAUAAUUGUGCGUUUCGAGGCGAAGAACAGCUUCAUAAUAACUCUAUGUUACAGUAUUAUAUCUGUAAUAUUUAUUGACGGAAGUGUCGGCUGUUUUGUUAUUAUUACAGGAGCGAAUAUGAAGUUAUUAAUAAUUUCCCUGUUGUUUGGGAUAUGUUGGGGUAGAAAGUUGCAUAUCCGAGCGCCAGGAUAUACAUACGAGUGCACCCACUGCCAACCGGAACAGAUACAUAUUGCAUUUGGAGAAAAACCUAACGACAUCGUCGUAACAUGGUCGACGUUCAACGACACGCAGGAGUCGCGCGUCCAGUACGGGGCGGGUAUUAUGGACAAGGAGGCGACUGGCUCCAGCAAACUGUUCAUAGAUGGAGGCAAGCUCAGGCGGAGCCAGUACAUACACACCGUCACCUUGAAGAACCUCGAGUUUAACACGAGAUAUGUGUACCACGCCGGCUCGGUGUACGGGUGGUCAGAGGAGUUCUGGUUCCACACGCCGCCUGCAGGCGAGGACUGGCCCGUGCGCGCUGCCAUCUACGGGGACAUGGGCAACAAGAAUGCACAUUCUCUAUCCUACCUUCAAGACGAGGCACAGCGCGACCAUUUCGAUGUGAUCCUCCAUGUGGGAGACUUUGCAUAUGACAUGGACACCAACGACGCAUUGGUAGGGGACGAGUUCAUGCGACAGAUACAGCCUCUGGCCGCCAUCGUGCCGUACAUGACAUGCCCUGGAAACCAUGAACAGGCAUACAACUUCAGUAACUACGCGGCUCGAUUCAAGAUGCCCGGCCGCGACUCGAGUCUGUUCUACAGCUUCGACCUUGGUCCCGUGCACUUUGUGUCUAUCUCCACUGAAGUGUACUACUUCACACGGUACGGACUGAAGCUCAUCGUCAACCAGUACAACUGGCUGAAAGAGGAUCUUGCCAAGGCCAAUCUGCCGGAGAACAGACGGCGCCGGCCCUGGCUGGUGGUGAUGGGGCACCGGCCCAUGUACUGCAGCGACUCCAACGACAUCGACUGCAGCUGCGAGUACACGCGGACCGGACUGCUCGGCGUCUACGGUCUGGAACCUCUCCUGAUGGAGUUCGGAGUAGACCUCGUGAUCUGGGCUCACGAGCACUCGUACGAGAGGACCUGGCCGCUCUACGACAACAAGGUCUACAACGGAUCCUACGACAAGCCCUACGUUAACCCUGGGGCUCCAGUACACAUUAUAACCGGUUCGGCUGGAUGUCAAGAAGCUACUGAUCCCUUCAGACCGGACCCGGCGCCCUGGUCGGCCUUCAGAAGCAGUGACUACGGGUACACCAGGUUCGUGGCGCACAACAAGACCCACAUCUAUAUGGAACAGGUGGACGUGGAUCUGAAGGGCAAAGUAAUUGAUUCAUUCUGGCUCGUCAAGAAUCAGCACAAAAAAUUCAACAUCAAACAUAAAAAUAAAGAAGCACAACAACUCUAGUUUUAUAUAGUUAUAGUAACUAUUGUUUGUUCAUUGGUGAUACAAAUGAGGCUAGAACAUAUUUACAGACAAGAAUGAGCAUUCCAUUACACCAUUCAAGGAAUUUCUUGUUCUCGAAAUCUCGACUGUGAUUUGUUCGACAAGUAUUAGUAAUCUCAAUU